GUGUGUGAUGUUUCAUGUAAAAUAGAAGUAAACAAAAAAAUCACUAAAUUUAUCUCUUUAAUAUUGUAACUUAUCGUAUCGUGUCUAAUUAACAUGAUAAAAUAUAAUAUAUUAAAAUAAAUAUUCACUGGAAUAGUUAACAAACCAGUUGCUAGCACUGACGUGGUUGAAACUCGUAUCAAUAUUUCCUUGUGUUUAUAAGCAAUAUGAAAGAUACCAAGAUGAGUUCCCAUCUUUCGGGGGGCAGAUUGAACGUGGCUUUAGUCCAGGAGACCAUGAGGAAGGAUUUGUUAAACCUUCUUCAGAUGUGUGAGGGUCCAAAAAUAACAAUUUGGGACGAGUGGCUAGCAGGUCCAGUUGGUCUUGUAGCGCAGUAUUCGUUGCUCAAGGAACAUGAGGUAGCGGAUAUGUUCCUGUUGAAGCCGGGAAGCCUGCCUACUAUUUCUGUGAAGCACAUUGUUUUCAUCGCUAGAGCUAAACUGGCAUUGAUGGACUUGGUUGCUGAUUAUAUUAACUCGCUUAGAUCCAAGCAAACCUACCCAGUAGAGUUCCACCUGUUCUUCGUGCCUCGGAGGAGCGAGCUCUGUGAGAAGCACCUCGCGAACCGAGGAGUCCUGGCUAGCCUCACCAUUCAGGAGUUCAAGUGUGACAUCUUUCCGUACGAUAGCGAUGUCAUGUCAUUGGAGCUACAGAAUGAUUUCAGGGAGAACUACCUGGAAGGUGAUCCAACAUGUGCGUACCAAUCUGCACUGGCGUUACGGACUAUACAACAUCUGUACGGCAUCAUACCACGCGUCUUUGGGAAAGGAGUCGCUGCUAAACAAGUAUGGGACCUACUUUGCCGACUGAACAAAGAAGAUCAUGGCGCUUCGAAAGGCGCUUCUACGUCUUGUAUAGACCAGCUGUUGUUGUUAGACCGCGCUGUGGACUUCACUAGCGUUAUGACGACUCAGCUGACAUACGAAGGACUUAUAGACGAGCUGUUCGGCAUAAAAGGCUCAACGGCGACAUUCCCCGCGCACAAGUUCAUGAGUUCGGAAGAGGCGAGCACCACCGAAAUCAAAGUGGGAGAGAAGAAACGCAUCAUUCUCAAUUCCGGUGAGGAGCUGUUUGCUGAGCUGCGGGACUGCAGCUUUAUUGCGGUCGGCGCAGCAAUCUCAAAGAAGGCGCGCAUAAUCAAGAACGAGUUAGACGAACGGCACCGCCACCACGAGAAGUCAGUUCAAGAAAUCAAGCAUUUCGUCAACCGACUGCCUCAGAUGCUGGCUACCAAGCAAUCUGUGUUCACCCAUACGGCUAUCGCUGAGUGUAUCAAAGAGACAACAGACUCGUUCGAGUUCCAAGACACUAUAAGGUGCGAGGAAGACUUCCUUAACUGCAUUGAGAACGAGAAAGCCUGCCCCUAUAUUGAAGAUCUCAUCGCUCAGAAAGCACCGCUCACUAAGGUCCUUCGCCUGAUCUGUCUUCAAUGUGUGACCGGAUCCGGCCUCAAACCUAAAGUACUAGAAUACUAUAAAAGAGAACUAGUCCAAGUAUAUGGACUUAUGGCCUGGCUCACUCUCUGCAACUUGGAGAAAUGUGGAUUAUUGAAGGCGCAGUCGGGAGCGAGGCAGUACGCAGUGUUGAGGAAGGCUCUACACCUGACGAUGGACGAGUUAGAACUGGAGAGCAAGGACAAAAGCUACCUGUCAAGCAAAUAUACGCCUUUGACCGUGCGGCUUAGCGAGCAUAUUGCCAAGAACAAGGGAUGGACUGGAAUCCAAGACAUGCUAGGCCUCCUCCCAGGCGCGACAAUAGACGAACUGCAAACGCUACAGCCAAGAAGUGCGCGCCGCAACUCCUCAUCAAGCGAAACUUCAUCGUCUCUCGAAAGUCCCCGAGUUGUCCUAGUCUUCUUCAUUGGGGGGUGUACAUACCAUGAGAUUUCAGCACUAAGGACUAUCAGUCAGAUGGAAGACUCUAAUGUUGAAUUUGUGGUUUUAACUACGAAGUUGAUCAAUGGUACCACUUUUAUUGAAUCACUUAUGGAGGUGGAGUAGUUUUUGCAGUGUACUCGAGUGGUUCUAGUGUUCUUCAUUGGGGGAUGUAUGAUGUAUGUACAUACCAUGAGAUCUCAGCACUGAGAUAUCAGUCAAAUGAAAUAUACUAAUAGUCUAAUAUUAAGACCUUGGUUUUAAUUUAACUUUUAACUACAAAUUGGAUCAAUGGUACCACUUUUAUAGAGCCACUUAUGGAGGUGGCGUAACUUUAGGCAUUAGCCUAAAGUGAACUCACAAGGGUCUCCCCACAUGUAGGUAUUUACUUGCGAUCUAAAUGAGUUUUUUAUCAGAUUUUGCCGAUUCUUCGAUUCGAUAGUUAUGUGAGGGGAUUGUGGGGAGACCCUAAGCCAUGUGUUAUUAGGGCAAAUGCUGAUAAUAGCAUGUGUAUGCUUCAUAUUUAAACACAAUUGAAAAUAUUCAUCUAUCUAGAAUGAAAAUAUAAUCAUUCUUUAGUGCCGUGUGCGUAAGUGCGUUUUCACAUUAUCCGAUCCGAUAUCGGAUGUCGGACCGAUAUCCCAUACAUUACAAGCGCCAUCUUGGAUUUUUUCUAUGGAAAUCCUUCCGACAUCCGAUAUCGGAUCGGAUAAUGUGAAAGCGGCGUUAAGUGUGACCCAUAUAGAAUGGCAUAUAAAUAUAACAUGUAUUACUAUUUAGAUUAUGAUUAUGUUAAGUAUACCAAAGUUGUUUGUAAAUUUUGUAUUUUAGAUAAUUAUAAUGAGAUAUUAUUUACCUAUAUUUUGCUUGUUCAUCAGAACUGUAUCUUAAAAGAAAAUAAACAUCAUGA